UUCAGUGUAGACAUGAAAUUUUAUCACAGUUUUUGGGCUUUUUUUAAAACAUUUUUAUACAACAUUCGAACAUAUACAGGGUUCGAUUAAUUACGUUUUUAUUUUGUGUUUUGGCCUUUAGUCUCUUGUAAAUUGCAGUUAAACGUAUAACAUUUUUGUGUUUUUAGCAUUUUAUUCUCAUUUUUCCUUUGAUACUAUGGAUCUCGCCAAAAUGGUACCAAAUAACAGUGUGAAUCGCGGUUGCAGCCAGGAGGAUUCCUUAAAUAUCAAUAAGGCUGCUGUGUGUCCAGCCCAAGGCAAACAUAGAGGAUUCUGGAGAUUGGAGCAAGGGCAGCAAUUGUUGUCAGCCAAAAAUCUCUCACAUCAGUGGUGUUCCAGCCAGGAGACGGAGCCAGUGGCAAGUAUGAAAAUCUUCACCUCUGUCAUGUUAAACGCCUGGCGACGAAGACGAGCCGAUGUCCAGCGCUUGCAGUCGGUGGUGGAGCAGCUAAAAACGAGUUCCAUGGAGGCCAAAAACGAGUUGCAUGUAUGUAGCACUCUGAUGCGCGUGGAGCAGAAACGUUGCCAGAAUCUACAAGUGGAACUUAAACAGUCCACUUUCAGCAUCAAUCAAGUGCGCAACUCUUGCGAGAUGUUAAAUACAUCUGUGCUUAGCUUAAAGGCCGACAAGCAGCAACUGGAAGAGGAUCUUAGCCGAAGCAGAAUAGAAUGCGGCGAAUUGAGGUAUCAAACCAAUAAAAGUAAAGAUGAUCUUCUUGCUGCGCUUUUGGAGCAACGCAAUCUGCAGCAAUUGCUGUCCACCGAGCAAAGAAUGGUUCACCAGCUGACUCGGGAAAAUGAGCAGCUGUUGAAUGAUGUAAAUUAUCUGCGUAAUAUGGAAAGCGACUUUCAAAGAAAAGAAGAAUCAUAUUUGCAGGAAUUAAAGCUCAAGGAAGACAGUCUUCUCAAUAUGAGUAUAAAGAUCAAGGAACUGGAAAGAGAACUCAACAAUCGGAGUAGAUCAUGUUUCAGACAAAACACUAAGCAAUGGAGUUGUCCAAUGAAUGAGCAGAAAUUUAACCAUGAUACUAACUUGUCAAUAACUCCAAUCAGUUCAGGAUUUCAACUGGACCCUCUUAGAAAUAAUGUCAAACAGUUCAUUAAAUGGUAUGGCAUCGAUCAGCUCUAUAAGAAACUGCAUUACUAUACAAGAAGCACUGCGUACAUCAUUUGGAUUGUUCUACUGCCAUACAAAUCUUUGAGAAAUGGUUGUAUGCCACCAAAGAUUCGCCUUACUGAAGUAUAAAGAUAUAACUUUAUUAAGUAAAGUUUUUAAUAUUCUUUUUUAUU